AUGGAUGUAGAACUCCAAAAGAGCAAGAGUACAAAGCAGCGAAAAAUCUCUACAAUGAAUUUACAGAAGUUAAGGGAGAGAUUGGGACGGGCAGUGUCCAAUUUUAUACUCUAUAAUCGUAUUCCCUUCAAUGUAGUUGAUUCAGAGUGUACACAAUCCAUGCUUGAUGUUGCUGCUAAAGUAGGGGCAGGAGUAAAGGGUCCUGGUGGUUAUGAAGUUUCUGAAGUAUAUUUGAACAUGGAGCAUGAUGAAAUGACAGAAUGGAUAAGAUCAUUCAAGGAAAUUUGGACUGCUGAAUAUUAUUUUGGGUUGUUAGAUAAAGUUGUUGAUGAAAUUGGAGAGCAAUACGUUGUUCAAGUGGUGAUUGAUAAUGAACCUGCACUGAAAGCUACAGGAAAAAUUGGAUGGGUGUUAGAUUUAAUGAGAAAAUUCACUGGAAAUAGAGAAUUGAUUCGACUUACCAUCACUCGAUUUGCUACAAAUUUUAUUGCCAUUAAGAGUAUUGUUAGAUAUAAACAACAAUUGAGAGCUAUGUUUAAUAGUGAUGAGUGGAAGAAUUCUAAAUGGGGGAAGGCAAAGACUGGGCAGCCUUACAAGGUGAAAAAAAUUAUUUUGGGAAAGGAGUUUUGGCAAAAAGCAAUAGAACUUUGUAAAGUUCAUGAGCCACUAGUCAGAGUAUUGAGGUUGGUUAAUGGGGAUGAGAAGCCAACAAUGGAUUUCAUAUAUGAAGCUAUAGAUAGAGCAAAGUUGGCAAUUAAAAGAGAUUGUCACUACUACACCGAGUAUUGGAAAAUUAUUGAUACUCGAUGGUCUUUUCAAUUACAAUAA